UUUCAGUGAGAGAGGCGGUGUGCUGAGCAGCUAGUUGUUACAGUGAGAGAGGCGGUGUGCUGAGCAGCUAGUUGUUAGUGAGAGAGGCGGUGUGCUGAGCAGCUAGUUGUUACAGUGAGAGAGGCGGUGUGCUGAGCAGCUAGUUGUUACAGUGAGAGAGGCGGUGUGCUGAGCAGCUAGUUGUUACAGUGAGAGAGGCGGUGUGCUGAGCAGCUAGUUGUUAGUGAGAGAGGCGGUGUGCUGAGCAGCUAGUUGUUACAGUGAGAGAGGCGGUGUGCUGAGCAGCUAGUUGUUACAGUGAGAGAGGCGGUGUGCUGAGCAGCUAGUUGUUACAGUGAGAGAGGCGGUGUGCUGAGCAGCUAGUUGUUACAGUGAGAGAGGCGGUGUGCUGAGCAGCUAGUUGUUACAGUGAGAGAGGCGGUGUGCUGAGCAGCUAGUUGUUACAGUGAGAGAGGCGGUGUGCUGAGCAGCUAGUUGUUACAGUGAGAGAGGCGGUGUGCUGAGCAGCUAGUUGUUACAGUGAGAGAGGCGGUGUGCUGAGCAGCUAGUUGUUACAGUGAGAGAGGCGGUGUGCUGAGCAGCUAGUUCUUACAGUGAGCGAGAGAGAACACUAGACGGAUCUCCUCCUGUUGUGUUCUGUUUAACACACCUGACUGUGCCAGUCUUCUGGGUUCUGAUUGCUCCUGGUCAGUGGGCCCAACUGAGCGGGGUCAGUGCCAGCUGGCCUGGAUGGCACGCCGGUGAUGCCACAGACUGUGGACUCUGCAAUAGCCGACUCGAUAAUCAACCUGUCAGUGUCCAGUAAAAGCACCAUGGAGAACGGGGACAUAGUCAAAGGCGUGCUGACCAAUGGCCGGGACACUCAGAAGCAGACUGUCAUGUCCCUCACCAACGCACAGUCACAGGCUCUGCUGCAACAGUUGACCUUGUCUCCAGCGCAGCAGCAGCUGUUUCUCCAGCAGGCUCAGGCCCAGCUCCUUGCAGCAGCUGUUCAGCAGCACUCCGCCAGCCAGGCCCAGAACAGCAGCACCACGGGGGCCGCCAUCUCUGCCUCCGCAGCCACCCCCAUCACCACCCAACUACCACUGUCCCAGCCUAUACACAUCACUCCUCUCCAGCAGCAGGGCCUGCAGCAGUUUGUGUUGGUCCAGCCAGGUCAUUCCAUGGCCACCCAGCUACAGCCUCAGUUCUUCAUUUCCCAGACUCCACAGGGACAGCCCAGUAUGUUUCAGUAUCAUAAUCUUUUGCAAGCCCAAAAUCUUCUCACUCAACUACCUCAGAGCCAAGCUAACCUCCUACAGACUCCAACUAUCACAAUUGCCCCACAGCCGGCCACUCCCACGCGGACCGUAACUGCCACCCCUGGCCAGCUCCUCAUCCACAGCCAGACCCCGCCCCCUAAGGGUCUGGGCACGCCCACUCUGGAGGAUGCCAAUGAUCUGGAGGAGCUGGAGAUUUUCUCCAAGGCCUUCAAACAGAGGAGGAUCAGACUGGGCUUCACACAGGGUGACGUGGGGCUGGCCAUGGGGAAGCUGUAUGGUAAUGACUUCAGCCAGACCACCAUCUCCCGCUUUGAAGCACUCAACCUGAGCUUCAAGAACAUGUGUAAGCUGAAACCGCUGCUGGAGAAGUGGCUCAACGACGCAGAGAAUGUGAGCUCAGAGUCCAGCCCCAGCCUCAGUCCCCUGGGCUCUGGUCACGGGUCACCCAGCCUGGCGUCUGACCUCAAUAGCCGGCGCCGCAAGAAGAGGACCAGCAUCGACACCAACAUCCGUGUGGCCCUGGAGAAGAGCUUCCUCCAGCAAAACCAGAAGCCGUCGUCAGACGAGAUCUCCCUGAUAGCAGACCAGCUGAACAUGGAGAAGGAGGUGAUCCGGGUGUGGUUCUGUAACCGCCGGCAGAAGGAGAAGAGGAUCAACCCUCCCAGCAGCUCAGCUUUCCAGAAGUCCAUCUUCUCGUCCCCUACUACUGCCAGCCUGGUGAACACUGUACCCCAGACCACUGUGACUGUCACCCCCUCUCUGCCUGUCACCAGCUUCAGCCUCACAGACAGGACCCUGGUGCCAGCCACCGGCAACACAGCAUCCGUCAUCUCCAGCACCCCUACAGUCCCCUCUAUGUCCCACACACCCUCCUCCUCCGUGACAACCAUGUCACAGCCAGCCGUUACCAUGACGCAGGCGGGGCAAAUGCUCUACAGCAAUGGCGGGGGUCUGGCUGCAAUGGCAGCUGCAGCGGCGGGAAUCAGCCCGGGUCUCAUGCCUUCAUCGCAGUUCAACACAGGGGGGGCCUUACUGAACCUAACUACUGCAGGUUUUGGAGGAGCGCUAGCCACCAUCCAAGCUCUGGCCUCCAGCGGGUCCUUCCCCAUCACCACCCUGGACGGGAACGGGAACCUGCUAUUUGCCAACACCAGCAUGUCUGGCUCCGCCCCCAGCAUGGUGAACACGCCACUCUUCCUGAACCCCCAGAGCCUGUCCUUAUUGGGUAGUAACCCUGUCAGCUUCAUCCCUGCCAGUGCCCUCAGCCUGCAACUCACCGCUGGCACCAACACCAUCACCACGGCAACCACACCAGUCAACACCAUCGUCAGAGCCUCUAAGGCCCAAUGAAUGAACUCGCGGGGUGGGUCGCUCCCCAUUUCCUCCUCUUCAUUGGUCGUUAUUUAAUCUUUGUUCUUUUUGCUACCACCAAAAAGUUGUUGUUGGAAAAAUAUUCUUAAGAUGUUUUCCUCCCUAUCUCUGCCACAAGGGGUCCUAACGGUCCUUUCAAAGAUUGAUUGAGAUUUGGCAAUAGAAUCUCUUUUUCCUCAGAACCGCUUCUAAAACCAAAAAUGUGCGUUUUGAUUUUAUUUUGCUGAGUAUUGAAUGAAACUGACAUGGUUUAACUUUCUAGAGAGAUUUCAUGAUGAUCUGUGUGUUAGGUUCUCUAAUUUUAAGUUUUACUUGAGGGCGUGUUGUACAGGCCUGGACCGUUGACAUCAGAUUUACACCUAAAGAUUAGAUUUCUCUGCUUGUUUUUCCAUGUUACCUAAAAUGUUCUUUGUGCGGUUAGUUGUGUGCUCUGAUAUUUGCCGUUUGUACAUUUUUCAAAACUUUUUUAUUAAAAGUUUUGUUGCUUUAACAUGUUUUUCAACAUAGUUCCAACUCUUUAAAAAGAAUCACUAGGCUGUGAGAGAGCCUGGGUGCAGACUUGCUAUGGAAGAGCUUUACUGCCGUCUCUGGGAAGAGUUACAAACAGCGGACUUCAAGAGAACUUGGAAUGUCCUUUAUCCAACCAAAAAAUAUUAGUGUACUAGACUUAGCUCUAUAUUAUCAUCACCCUAGUGUAAUGUAGCAUAGGGAUUUAUCUAAUGGACCUCUCCAGAGUGGGAGAGAUUAAUGCAAUAUUUUGAAGGGGACUUUCCAAAGACUAACAAAGAUGUUUCUCUCUGAUAUUCUCCUCCCUUAUGCCGAGGUCUAUAGAAGACAGGUAGGAUACCAAAAAGAGCGUCUGGAGAAGGUAGGGUAAGGUGUCAGUAGUAUAGUGGAGUUGCAUGGCCCAUACUGAAUCUGCCUUGGAUUACAUGAGUUCAAGAAGGUAUUUACAAGAGUAAUGAUCUUGAAGUAAUUCUCAGGACAGCCAUUUCCCAGUGAGUCACUGCAUGUACAAGUUAAAGGAGAUUGUCCAGGUCUGGCCUUCUCUGCGUUUAUUCUUUCUCGUAAGACCAAUAUGCUGCCACUAGAGCCCCGGGUACUGCAAUCAGUACUCAACAUAAUAUAUUGAAAUACCUCAGCAGCAAGAAAACAAUAUAUAUAUAUAUAGUCAAGCAAAACUGAAACCAUAAAUUCUAAGAAUGUAGAAAUGUUUACCUGUUUUUUUUGUAGCUUUGCUGUACGUUUGAAACAAUGACGACAGCAGAGAAUCAUAUCUUGAUACACAACAUGAGCUGACUCCACAUGCACUGUAACUGCAGUGUCCAGUACUACUGCUAUUAUUAUGUCAUAUAUUCACCCAAAUGGUACUUUAUUCUUGUCUGAUCCUACAUACCAAAGCAUUAGCGUUUUCAUUUUGUAGCUGGUUUGAUGGGUAGAUCUUCUUUUCUUGGUGUGUGUUUGUUCUCGGGGUUUCCUGCAAAGCCUUAUGGGAAAUGUAGUUGUAUCUCUGCUUGAGUCUUUUUGUUGUGGGUUUGCUCUGCUAUAUUGAAGUUUUUGAAAUAUGUAUCUGAGGGCCAUUUUUACUUUACGUCUAGCGCUCGAUAUUCACAUGCAAGUAAUAUAUAUAUACAUGAAAUAUUCCUGUUUUCUAUCUGAACUAGUAGGUUCUUGUAAUUGAAUGUAGUGCAUUAUCUUUAACAUCCUCUGUAGGAUAGAAAUGUUUAAAUGUGACUCUGGACCAAAGUAAACCACAGGGUGUGGACUGAUCCGUUUCUGGCCUGUUGACUUGCAGUUUAAUGAUUUGAUUUGACAAUUUAAAAUCAAUUUUUUUUUUGACCUGGCAACAGAUACACAUACCAAACUGAGGAUAUAAACACAAAGUCCAAAUGCUUGUUUCCAUUAUGGUCCUCUUGUAACUAAGGAAAUGUACUGCGUUCUGUUUUUUACUUUUGUGUUGUGUGCUGUUUUAUCAAAAACAUGUAAAGCCAGAAGUUUUCACAA